CCGGCCCUGGUGUGGGGCUGCGAGGGGAGUCCAGAGUCCCCCAGGCCAGGCCAGCUUGCUGGCUGCGGGGCUGCUUUGCAUGCGAAGGAUGGCUGAGGACGUGGCUGCUCCACAUUGGCUGCCCUCGUCUGCAUGUGACAGCACCUCAUCGGGCUGGUGUGAAUGGGGAGUGGGAGAGGCAACCAGCCGCCUGCAGCCCGCUGCACAGCCCAGGGAUUACGGCCGGUCCGGUAGGCAGGGGUGGGGGCGUGACUGGCCAUGCAGAGGGGCAAGGGGCAGCAGAGAACACGCAGGACCCCGGAACAGCGCCUUCUGCUGUGCCAGAGUGAGUCCUCAGUGCAGCUGGGGAGCAGGGAGCCAUGGAGCCCGGCACAAAGCCGUCCAGCUCCCCCCAGAAGCAGGGCGGGAAAGGCCGGUCCAAGUCCACGGAGGAGAUCCAGGCCGCCAAGAAGGCGUUCCACACACCCCAGAAGUCUCUCCCCAGCCAGGAGGACACCAGCGGCUCCCAGGUACCUGCCGUCUCCUUUGCUGCCUGUUAGCCUUGAGGAGCCUGCCCUGGCCAGGAACCAGGCAGGCCCAGCUCAGGCCCUGCUCCCGGGCCAUGUGCCUGGCAAACCUCAUAUGGGUCUGGAUGCACUCUCAAGGACCCCGAGCCCGGAAAGGGCACAGGAGCUUCUAGAGGGGCCUGGGCUGAAGAUGGCAGGGCCCGGGUAGCCUGGCUGGAGGGUGGCAGGGCAGGGCCCAGGCAGGGGCCGAGGGUGGCAGGGCAGUGCCCAGGUGGGGGUUAGGGUGGCAGUGCCCAGGCAGGGGCUGAG